GUUUUGUGUUCGUUCAUUAUCGACGCCUCGCUUACGGGGCUCCGGUUACGGUGCUUAGUUUUCACGUUUCCAUACUCUGAGCAGCAGCAGUAACAGCAAGGAUUUAUUCCGUAAUGACAGUUAUGGGAAAUUGUUUUCGCAAAACCAAGCAGUACACAAACAACCACUUUAAUCCGGAACCGCGUCCUCCUACAUCACCAUCGGCGCCGAUUCGAUCACCGAAAAAAGCCAAAUCCAAUUCUUUACCCAGGUCCGAAGAACAAAAUGUGUUCAGGGUACCGCCAGUUUUGCCAGUGGACCUCAACGGAAGCCCGUUUUCCCUCCGUACUCACAGAUUUAGUGACCAAUUUCCCCCUCAUUGUCAACUCCUCAAAACAUCAGCUUGUUCCUCUUCUGCGCACGUGGUUGCCCCUGUACAUGGUGCACACCAAGAACAACAGCAGCCAAUCAACUGUCAACAAAAGUAUCAUGAUCGAUCGACACGUGCAUUUCCAAGGCCAGAAUUAGAGUCUGUUGAUCAGAGGUCUGUGAACACCGCCUAUCCUACCCCGUUUUCAAGCAUAAAAAGGGCGAGAAAUCUACACGUCUCAUUAUACGUCUAUUCUGCUCGAACAGAGGAAGAGAUACCGUUACAGAAAGGCGACGUUGUUGCUGUGCUCAAUGACAAGGACCCAGAUUGGUGGUUUGUGGAACAUCUGAAAACUUCAAACAAGGGCUAUAUACCUGCCGCCUACGUUGCUCCGCAAGGCUCGGUCGAAGCGGAAGACAAGAGUGAACUAUCCCUGAAGCUCAAGGGACGUGUGUAUCAAGCUACAGUACGAGCUGUUUUGUUGUAUGGCUGUGAGACUUGGCCUAUUCGAGCAGCGCAACUGAGACGCCUUCGGGUGUUCGACCAUCGUUGUCUCAGAACCAUAGCUCGUGUGGGUUGGUGUCAGCGAAUCCGUAACGAGGCAGUUAGAAAGCGCGUUUUCGGUUGUGUAACGGAUACUUCCAUUGAAGAAUGUGUCCAGCACCAGAAGCUGCGUUGGUUGGGACAUGUUUUACGCAUGCCGAACCAUCGUUUGCCGAAGAGAGUACUGUUUUCCAUGCCCAAUUCAGAGUGGCGUAAGCAGAGAGGUGGCCAACCCUUGACUUGGCAGAGGAGUAUGAAGAAGAUCACGAAACACUUGGGUGCUGUCGGUGCUAGUCGCCUCGCAGGAUGGGGACCGCGUGACCCUCACUGUGCCUGGUUGGAGACACUACAAUAUAUGGCUGCCAGCCGAUGUCAGAGGCGUACUUGUUAUCAGUUUCUAUCCAGACUGCCUGAAAUUUCGUCCCUUGACUACUCUCUUGUCAGACUUUCUCGCCUCACUUCUUUCUUUCUUUCUCUCUCAGGUGCACUCACCUUGUCAGUACGUGAUGAGGAACCAAGACCCACUGGCGGUGUAACGAAUACAGUGAAACACUACCGAAUCAAGUACACGGACGUAUCGAGUUGCUACUACAUCACUGCAAAGUGUGGAUUUAAUUCCCUACAGGACUUGGUCAAAUAUUAUUCGACCGAUGCGAAUGGGCUGUGCUAUCGCCUCACUCAACCCUGCCCACGUCCAGUUCCGAUCACCACAGACUUGUCCGUUCGUACGAAAGAUCACUGGGAAAUCCCCAAGUCGUCUAUUGUGCUCAUUAAACAGCUGGGAGCCGGACAGUUUGGAGAAGUGUGGUUGGAAGUGGCCGUGAAAACCUUGAAGCAAGGCACAAUGACCAGGGACGAAUUUCUCAAGGAAGCUCGAAUCAUGCGUGCUGCACGGCACCCGAAGCUGGUUCGAUUGUAUGCCGUGUGCACAGAAGAUCCAAUCUACAUUGUCACCGAACUGAUGUCCAACGGCAGUCUGUUACACUACCUUCGUGAUGGGCCGGGCAAACACUUGGAAUUGAAUUCACUGGUCGAUAUGAUGGCACAGAUUGCCAGUGGAAUGGCCUACUUGGAAAAGGAACGAUACAUACACCGUGAUUUGGCCGCUCGGAAUAUUCUUGUGGGCGAGAAUAAUUGUGUCAAAGUUGCUGACUUUGGCCUCGCUCGUGUUGUGGAAGAUCACUGUUCUACCUAUAUGGCUCACAAAACCACCAAAUUCCCCAUCAAAUGGACCGCACCCGAAGCGGCCCUAAUGGGCCGAUUCACAAUCAAGUCGGAUGUCUGGUCUUUCGGUAUAGUGGUCUAUGAGCUCAUCACUCAUGGGCAAGUUCCCUAUCCCUCCAUGAACAACACGGAGACGUUGGACCAAGUGCGAUCUGGAUAUCGGAUGCCUCGUCCUAAUGGAUGUCCCCAGCCAAUUUACACUAUGCUAUUGCGUAUGUGGGACGCGAUUCCCGAGAAACGACCGACAUUCGCGUACUUGUGUGACUUCUUCGAAGACUACUUCAUCACCUCGGAUACAGACUAUAAAAACACGACAACGGGUCAUGCAGAGCUUAAUACGUCCUGUUCACCACACCCUGUAAAUCGACGGAGCGUUGGCGCUUGUUGCCAGCCGCCUGCUGUGAACAGCGUGUCCAAUUUUUCAACAACAACAACAACAACUAAUGGUGUCAUAUCUUUGAAUGAGCUGGAUCGAGCAGAUUCAGGGCUAAUCAAAUCGCCUUUGGCAGUAACGUGAUUGAUCGAUCAUUUCCACGGAUCACAAAUGCAC